CUCUUUUUUUGGGCAGAUUAACCCCUCUACCUCUUUCCCACUCAAAACCCUAGCAUUUCAACGUCUUCUUCUUCUCUACUCUCUUGUUCUUCUUCUCUCUUCUCUUAUUCGCUCAUUUAUCUCUCAACUACGGAAUCCAUCCCCACUCACCCAACCGCAAACCCCAUCCCUACACCCACUGAAUCGAACAAACCCAACCCUCAAUAUAUCAAUGUUACGAAACCACCCUUACCUCCCCGAAGAUCUUCAGGAAGCAUUGGAACACUUGGCAUCUAUUGAUCUGAUUGACUUAUGCAAUGAGGCUAAAGUUGAGCGCUGUCGGGCAACAAGAGACCUGAGAAGCUGUGGGCGAUAUGUAAUGGAUGUGCUCAACUCUUGUGGACAUGCUUCAUUAUGUGCAGAGUGUAGUCAGCGGUGUGAUGUCUGCCCAAUUUGUAGAAUUCCAAUACCAAAGAAUGGCAAAAAAUUACGUCGUCGCCUUUACGAUCAGUGUUCGGAAGCUCGCCUUAUAUCCAAAAAAUGUGAUAAGAGAUUUCAAGAGAAAGAAGAUGGGGAGGAGCAUAUAUCUGUUGACGUCCAACGCCUUUAUUCUCUAUUUGAUGUCGCCCUGGAGAAUAACUUAGUUUCUUUGAUAUGCCACUAUGUUACAGAUGUUUGUUUGGAUGAAAGUGCAGUGUCCAGUGAUCCUGUUAUUGCUUUUUUAUUGGAUGAAGUGGUUGUUAAGGAUUGGUGCAAACGAACAUUCCAGAACAUCAUCAUAGAACUUCAAGGCAUUUAUAAUCUUGAAACAGAACAGAUGAAAUCUACGUUGAGUGCACUUCUUAAGUUCUCAGCACAAUUGGCUGGCAUAUCUAAUGUGCUUGAUGUUCUGGAUUCAUCUUUUAAGGGGUCUCUUUCAGCUCAGCUUCAAGACUUGCACCAGCUUCAAGAGAGCAUAUUGAAGACAACGCAGCAUAUGGAGGCCAUGAUAUGGUGUCUACGACAUGAAUUCCUUGAGAAUGUGAGGCCUCGCAAUGCUAAUUUCACAUUGUGGCGUUCUCUUGUACGGGAAAGGAAAUCAGCUGCAAUUAAGCGUUCAUGGCCUGAUGCAGUAAAUAACUCUGAAGCAUCCACGGGACAGGAAGGUACCCUGUUUAUUGAGGACGCCCUGGUAAAUCUGGAGAUUGAGCAGGGAAAUACAGUGAAACUGGUAGAGGAAUUAAAACUUGCAUCUUUGCAGAAGGAUGGAGUCUCAUCAAUUUUCAGGUCUGAGAUAGAGGGGGUUGCAGGAUGCUAUCCGUUUGAAAAUGUUCGAGCUGCUGUUGAUAUACUUUUUUUAUGUGCUAGUUCAGAUUUGGUGGUUGCGAAGCAAGCGAUUUUUCUGUACUACCUAUUUGAUCGGCAUUGGACAAUGCCUGAUGAGCAAUGGAGACACAUUGUAGAGGAUUUCGGAGCCACCUUUGGCAUUCCCAGGCAUUUAUUAUUGGAAUCCCUAAUUUUUUAUCUCUUGGAUGAUCACAUAGAUGAGGCUCUGCAGGAAGCUUGUCACCUUCUUCCAGAGAUCUCAGGCCCAGCAACUCAUCCUAAGAUUGCACAAGUACUACUAGAAAGGGGAAACCCUGAUACAGCCCUUUCGGUUUUACGAUGGUCCGGGCGUGAUGGUACAUCAAAACCAAUUUCACUUAGUGAGGCUGUAACUGCAGUUCGGGUGAGGGUAGAGUGUGGACUUUUUACCGAAGCAUUUAUACAUCAAAGAAUGCUCUGCACCAAAGUGAAGGAGAAGAAGUUGAAGUGUGGACAAUUUGGUGAUGUAACUGAUGAUUCAACAUGCAAAUAUAGGAGUUGGGAAGACUGGGUGGAGAUAUUGGUUACUGAAAUUUGUGUCCUUUGUAUACGAAGGAACAUGGUAGAUCGAAUGAUAGAGUUGCCGUGGAAUUCUGAUGAAGAGAAACAUCUCCAUAAGUGCCUGUUAGAUUAUACUAAUGAUGAUCCUUCCUCAAUUAUUGGAAGCCUUCUUGUCGUAUUCUAUAUUCAGCGCUACAGGUACUCUGAAGCUUACCAUGUUGAUCAAAUACUUAAAAACGCGGAGCAGGAGUUCAUCUCAAAGAAUUCUGUCAGUGAAGAAGUUUUAUCUAGAAUGAGAUCAAUGAGCGGCUGGAGAACAGGAUUAAUGGAUAAAUGCAUGGAGUUGCUACCAGAAGUCCAACGACAACAAGUAAAGGCUGGAAAGUUUCCUGAGAUAUCUGGUGCCACCUCUAGCGAAGUUGAAAUGUCAGCAACAUGUCCUCUUCCUGAGGUGCAAGUGUCAAAAUCAAAUAGUUUACUGAUUCCUUCGUCCGUUGAUUUUUCUCAUGCUUUAUGGACGGAUCGCAUGAAUCCUUCCUGGAAACCUUCAAUAUCUGAAACCCCCAAAAAAAGAGUGGUGUUAGUUGACAGUUAUCGCUCUGACCUAGGUAACCAUGGUUCUUCAGUUCUGCAUGAAAGGUUAUUUACCAAUUCUGAAAUGCAAUGGAAGCCUGAUAAUAGCAUAAACAAGUCCUUCAAUUUUGAGGAUGCAUCAACUCCUGAAAUUCAUUGGGCUACUCCCCCCUCAGCAGUUAAGGGUGGGAACAGGAGUUCAUUUAAAUUACUUUCAAAUAGCCAUCUCCAGGACAAUCAAUAUGAUAAGAUGUCACCAGAAACCGAAAAGAACAGGAGCUUCAACCCUUUCAGAAAUACAAGUCCUUUACACUACUACAGUGCUAAUUCUAAUCCAGUAACUACACCCAGCAGCAACCAUGGCCAGUUCAAAGAUUCUGCAAUGAACCUGCAUCGCGUGUCCAGUAAGGCAUAUUAUCCAGAUAGGGAUGAUAGACCUUGGGAUAUGGUUUCCAAGGAUGACUCGAUGAACAUUUCCUUGAACUAUAGAGAAAAGAGUUUUGGAAUUGAGGACAGAAAUUUGAAUCAUGGACCAAGAUGGAGGUCUGAUGAAACCAGUGACGAGGAAGAGGAGCAGAGUCCACAGAAAGCCAUUGACAUCACUCAUCAUACCCCUACUAGUACUACAAGGGGAGUCAGAAGAAGCAGAUUUUCCAAGAGAUGAAGAUCUUCCAGCUGCUCGUUUUAAACUUCAAAAUGGAAUCCAUAUCCCGCCGUGAUCUUUCCUUAGUACGGUUUGGGGAGAAGGCGGCCUUCAAGGGCUAUAGAGAACAAAGCUGGUUUAUUGUACAUGGGGUUCAUGCUGAUUGAGUUCAAGGGUUCCCUUUGUAGGGCAAGUAAGUAUAGUAUACAUAAUACUGUUUAAUAGUUGUGAAGUGUAGCUAAGAUCAGAUGCCUAAUUUGAUGGGGUAUCUCCAUUUCUUCCUGCAAUUGCUUCCAAGUUGAUCAGAGAUGAAUUUCUAGUUUUCUACCGGCUACAAACUGUGAAAACCCGGCGAGAAUUUUGAACCAUUGAAGUAAUCUCAAUGCUGAGAGAGCCUGAGGCAAAAGGCUUUUGGUAGUUUCGACAUCUUGCUAAGUUGUAUUUUAACAUAGUGCACGUUUGUGGAUGAGAAUGAUAGUGUCCAGUUAACCAAAGAAAUACUGUUUGCACUCUGUCGUUCAGAAUUCGCGCACGUAUCUUUUGUAUGCAUUUAACAAUGGUCUAGGUAAUGAUCAAUGCCCUUGAUGGAAAUGGUUGAUUAGUAUCUUGAGAAUUUGUAA